AUGAGUAGCAAGAGAGCAAAAAAGUUGUAUACAGAAGGAUUAGAAGACAUUUUGCCUGACCAUAAUGUUGGUCACAAGCAAGGUUCUAUGUAUGGAGAAGUUGAGGGUUUGCAGCAUGCCGCUGUCAUCGCGAAUGCUGGCGGGUUGUUAACUAGUGUUGCUGCUCUGUCAUCUGGUGCUGCUAAUGGUGCUAUCUUGGCCGGUCCAAUUGUUCAAGCUUGUGCUAUAUUAUUUCGUGAAAUUGUCGACCUUACCGAGAAAGCAGAACACAAUAAAAAGACAUGUCGUAGAUUAACGGAUCGUAUACGUGUAGCAAACAAAAUCCUUGAAAGAAAAGUUCGUGGAGUUGAAAUUGGGAACGAUAAUUACAUUGCCUUAUGCAAGUAUAAAGAUGCAAUCGUGGAGGCCAAAGAGUUUAUACUUAGAAUAAAGUGGAAAUUUGGUGAUCUGGCACAUAAUCUCGACACUGCAAUCGCGCAAUUAGGACUGGAACAGAUCGUGCGAACUCGCCAAGAUAUAGAAGAGGACUCGAAGCUCUUAAAAGAUGAGAUCAAAACAACAUUUUCAGUAAUUGAAGAGGUUAUGAGAAAUAUUUUCAACAAAGAAGAUAGUAUAGUCAUCAAUGUUAAAGCAUUAGAUGAAAAAAUGGAUGUUAUGCAUGAAGCCAUUAAAAACAUGUACAAUCCACAAAACAUUCCAUCAAAUUUGCACAAGACACGAAUAGAUUGUAAACAUAUAACAGAAAUUGAUGACGAUGAAGAAGAGAGUAGCAAUAAUACAAGGUAUAAAAGUUCUCAUGGUAAUAUACGUGGUCAAGUCCGAAAAAUGAAAUAUAUUGCCCAAGGUGUGGCUCAAAAAGAAAUCGGUUAUGUUGAUACGUUGCAUGAAAAACCAGAGACUAUUGAACGCCAAGUGGCAAUUCUUACUGAAUUAAAAGAUUGUGAAUAUAUAAUCAGAUUUCAUGGAACAAUGCAACGCGCUGGACGACUCUAUAUAAUAUCCGAAUGGGCAGAGUUAGGAGAUUUAAAUAGUUAUCUGAAAAAUAAUCCCGACCUUUCUUGGUCAUUUAAGAUCAGAAUCGCCUCGGAAAUUGCGAGUGGAUUAACAUUUUGUCAUACAUUUGAUAUUUUGCAUCAUGAUAUUAGAAGUCACAAUAUAUUAUUGACUGAAAACUUAGUAGGGAAAAUAAAUAACUUCAGCUCCAGUCGUAAAGAAGUUGACCACACUUUAGAUUCCAACCAUUUUAAAGAUCUCGCAAAUCAAUACAAGUGGUUAGCUCCAGAAAAGCUUCGCGAACAUAAAGUCCCUUACACUAAACAAUGUGAUAUAUACAGUUUCUCGAUUGUUUUAUGGGAGCUUGCAUCCCAAGAAAUGCCUUUCGAAAACUAUUCAACUAUAGGUGAAUUAAUUAGUGCGGUCGUGUCAGGAACUCGACCCCAAUUGAUAAGAGAUACACCGUCAGCAUACGAGAAAAUAAUGCAAGAAGGAUGGAGAGAUAAACCGAUAAGAAGACCGACCGCUUCGAGUAUGUUCAAAGAAUUGAAUAGUCUUAACAAACAAAUGUCAAAUUCUUUACGACAUUUUAAAUCACAAUCUGUUUUGUCUGAUUCAUCAACAUUAACGGGAUCGCAACAUAAUUCUGAUUCCAACAUUCGUAAUGUCCAGGAGUCAUCUAAUUCCAGCAUUCAGAAUAUCCCUGAGUUAUCUAAUUCCAGCAUUCAGAAUAUCCAUGAGUUAUCUAAUCCACAACCGUUUCAAAUCAAUGAACAUUCUUCAAAUGAUUCAAUUAAAGAAACACCCCCCAAAGACCCAAAUGAAUGUGAAGAUUCGGGACAACUAGGGAUCGAAUUAUAUAUUGAUCCCCGAACAGUCGAUGUAGCACACGCAAAAAAACUUCAUCAACAAAAAAAAUAUGCACAAGCUUGGCCUAUCUUUAAAAAUUUCGCAGAGAAAGGUGAUCGCAUUGCGGAAUUUUACGUCGGCUAUUAUUUGCUUACCGGUGAUCGCGGUGUACCUCAAAACAAAGAAUUGGCAGUCGAAUAUUUUCGUCGUUCUGCAGAAAAGGGAAUUGCUGAUGCACAGUUCAGAUACGGUGUUGCACUGUUAUGUGGUGAAGGAGUUGAGAAAAAUUCAAUUAAUGAUCAGAUUGCAAUUGAGAAUCUGAGAAAAGCAGCUCAGAAUGGUAAUCGAAAUGCAAUGUACAAUUAUGGAGAUCUGUUGAUUAAUGGCGCCCAUGGUCUUCCAGAAGAUCUUGACGAAGGAGCACGAUGGAUGAGAAAAGCACACGAUAAAGGACAUCCUCAGGCAUAUAAAAAAUUAGCUAUCCGUUUAGAUUUUUUAAACAAACCAAUUCCUGACGAUAUUUCAAAAUGGCUAAGUACUCAUGGAUAA